AUAAGCACUUGCACGUCCUCGUCCUUUUCGUUCGUCCUCAGUGCAGGAUAACGAAGCAAUCACUUCCUUCACCGUCUUCGAAAACGGGUCGUUUUAGUCAGAGUGCAGCAUUAGAUUAGCUUCGCUGCUAUUAUUCGGCCCACUAUACCACUUUUGAAGCGUCAAGUUUUUAAGAGACCUCCAGACAAUCAUCAUCACCACUGCUGCAAUGGAUGUGAUCAUGCGUCGCUGCCCAUUCCUGGCUCGUAUGCCCCAGGCCUUUUUCCAGCAGUCCAAAAAGUCUAUGGUGGUGUAUGCCCAGAAAUGCCCCAUUAUGAUGGAGCUUGCCGCUAAACCUAUGGCUCCAUCAAUGGCACGCGCCCUCUGCUCCUCCUCCUCCUCCCACCAGAAGAUGGAGGACAUCAUGUCUGCCAGUGAAGGCCGCAAACAGGAAGGGGAUCCUAAGCUGCCAGGUGGCCACCCUAUGCCAUCCUCAGGCCAGGUGGCUUCCAAAUGCCCUUUCUUGGCAGCUGAGAUGGGCCAGAAGAACAGCAAUGUGGUCCGCCAGGUCGGCGUGGAGUUCCAAGAGGAUGUCCAGGAGGUCCGCACUGUUCAGAAAGAAGUGUCCACUGCCCAAUUGAAGAAGCCGUCCCUGGCCAGUACCAUUCAGGGAAGUGGAGGGGAGCAAACUAAUCUAAUGAAGACCCUCCUGAAACAGCGACCUAAAGGUGUCUCCCAUUUGCUGCAGGACAACCUGCCAGGCAGUAUGUCCCGCUACCAAUACGAUUACUUCUUUGAGAAGAAGAUAGAAGAGAAGAAGAGUGACCACACAUACCGUGUGUUCAAGACUGUGAAUCGUCUGGCCAACGAGUUCCCCAUGGCCGAAGACUUUACUGACUCUUUCGGGGGCAAGAAGGAGGUGUCCGUUUGGUGCAGCAACGACUACCUGGGCAUGAGUCGACACCCACGGGUCGUGCAAUCCAUUGUGGAUACUUUACGAAAGUAUGGCUCAGGGGCAGGCGGCACCAGGAACAUCUCCGGGACCAGUAAAUUCCACGUGGAACUGGAAAAAGAACUGGCUGACCUUCACAAGAAGGAUGCUGCACUACUCUUCACCUCCUGCUUUGUUGCCAAUGACUCCACCCUCUUCACCCUCGCCAAAAUGCUACCUGGUUGUGAAAUCUACUCUGAUGCAGGCAACCACGCCUCAAUGAUCCAGGGUAUCAGGAACAGUGGUGCUAAGAAAUUCAUUUUCCGCCACAAUGAUGUCACCCAUCUCCGAGAGCUUCUACAGAAGGGAGACCCCACAAAACCCAAGAUCGUGGCCUUUGAGACCGUCCAUUCCAUGGAUGGUGCUGUGUGUCCGCUGGAGGAGAUGUGUGACGUGGCCCAUGAGUUUGGUGCCAUCACCUUUGUAGACGAGGUUCACGCCGUGGGCCUGUAUGGCGCCAGAGGAGGGGGCAUCGGAGACAGGGAUGGCAUCAUGCACAAGAUGGAUAUCAUCUCGGGGACACUAGGCAAGGCCUUCGGCUGUGUGGGCGGCUACAUCGCGAGCACUGCUGCUCUGGUGGACACGGUGCGUUCCUACGCCGCUGGUUUCAUCUUCACCACCUCGCUGCCACCAAUGCUGUUACAAGGAGCCAGAAACUCAAUCCAGGUUCUUAAAGGGGAAGAGGGCCGCGCACUGAGACGCAAACACCAGCGCAACGUCAAGCUGCUCAGACAAAUGCUGAUGGACUCGGGGCUGCCAGUGGUGCACUGCCCCAGCCACAUCAUCCCCGUCCGGGUAUCAGACGCAGAGAAGAACACAGAAGUGUGUGACCUCAUGCUGAGUCGCCACAACAUCUACGUGCAGGCCAUCAACUAUCCUACCGUUGCCAAAGGAGAAGAGCUUCUGCGUAUCGCGCCAACGCCUCACCACAACCCUGAGAUGAUGAAAUACUUUGUCGAGAAGCUGGUGCAAACAUGGAAGGAAGUGGGCCUGGAGCUGAAGCCCCACUCUUCAGCAGAGUGCACGUUCUGCCAGCAGCCGCUGCACUUUGAGGUGAUGAGUGAUCGUGAAAAGUCUUACUUCAACGGCCUCAGCCACCCUAUCUCAGCCUGCGCAUAACAC